AUGGAGGGGUUGCUCGAAGGAAAUUCUAGGAGAAUUAGGAAGGAAGUUCGUUGGCAACCACCAGAGGCAGAUUUGGUGAAGCUGAAUUUUGACGCCUCUGUCAAUGCCGUCGAUGGAGUGUGCGGUCUUGAAGUGAUAGCUCGGUCGGAGUCCGGAGAGUGUGUUGGUUGGCGUACAAAAUGCAUUACACAACAUCUUGAACCAACCGCGGCUGAAGCUAAAGCAGCUUUAAUGGCGAUUGAACUGGCUCGAGAUAACAAUUGGCAGAGGAUUGUACUUGAAGGGGACUCGAGUGUUGUCAUCGCCGCGGUCAGAGAAUCAAAUUGCAACGCAGACUAUGGCACGAUUGUUAGUGAUAUUAUCCGAAUAGGUUCUACGCUAACGGUGUUCAGAGCCCAACAUAUCGCUCAGGAAGGCAAUAAGGCGGCGCACGAGAUUGCAGGAUUAUCGAAAAAUGAAACUUAUGACAUGUUAGUAUUACCUGACAGUAUUUGUUCUAUUAUCUCUGCCGAUUUGGCUUUAUAA